AUGUCUACAACAAUCAUAGUUGGCGCCGGCAUCGUCGGCUCUGCCCUCGCCCACUUCCUCUCUUCCUCAUCAUCCAAACCCAAAGGAAAAAUAAUCCUAAUCGAUCACUCCUUUAAGCCUCUCCAAGGCUCAACCGCCCAUGCGCCAGGUUACAUAGGCCAAUUCAACGAAUCCGCAACCCUAACUCGUCUCGCCAUCGACACCGUGAUCGAAUACGCCAAAAUCCCAAACGGGUUUAACGUUCUCGGUGGCAUUGAAGCCGUUGGCACUGAAGAGGGAUUAUCGAGAUUGCAGGUUAGAGGAUUACCGGCGAGUAUGAUUACGGCCACACAGGCGGCGGGUUUGGCGCCGGACUUUGUGAGGAAGGAAGCUCUGAAAGGGGCGUUGUAUUUUGCGACGGAUGGGGUUGCGAAUGCCACUGUUAUUACGGAGUUUUAUCAGCAUGAAGCUAGGAAGAAAGGCGUUGAGUUUGUGGAGGGUGUUGUGACGAGGAUAAAGUAUAAUGAAGAUGGGGAUGUGGUUGGUGUGGAGGUUGAUGUGGACGACAAUGAGCAAGACGAGGACGAGAGCGAUAAGAGAAAAGUCAAGAGGUUUAUUGCAUCAGAUACCCUUAUCCUGGCAACCGGAAUAUGGACCCAAGACCUCUGCUCAGAUCUCGACAUUCCCAUCCCCAUCAUCCCCGUCGCACAUCCAUACAUGUACAUCAAACACGACCGUCUUCAAAAUGACGACGACGCUGCAUCCGGAAAUACAACAACAACAACAACAACAACGUCACCCUCCUCACCAAAAAGCAGUACAAAAUCUCACCUCUCCCCGAGACUGCACAACAAACCAAGCCCCUGGAUCCGCUACCCAGAACACCACGUCUACGCCCGCGAUCACGGCCCCUUUUACGGCGUCGGAACAUACAACCACGGCCCAGCCAUCCAAUGCCAACCAACAGACCACGUCGCCAUCGGCCCAUGGUACGAGGAGAUCUUCAGCUCUGCCCUGGAACAGGCAAAGGCGCUUUUACCUGUUCUUCGAAUCUGCGACAACGAGAGUGUUGAGUACUCGAUGCCAGAGACCAAAUUCAAUGGUAUCUUUGCGAUGACACCUGAUAAUUUACCGAUUGCGGGCAAAGUGGAUGGAAGGAAAGGGUUGGUUUUGUGUGCGGCUGUUUGGGUUACGCAUGCGGCUGGUGUGGCUAGGUUUGUUGCUGGGUUGAUUGAGCGGCAUAAUGAUGAUUAUGGAAAAGGGCUGGAUGGUGAUGUUGUUCGACAUUUGGAUCCGGCCAGGUUUCGGGGAAGAGAUUUUGAAGAGUUGAGGGAAUUGUCUCUUCGGGGGUAUAGUCAGAUUUACUGUACCGGUGAGAAUUGA